GAUGCCGAAGUGAAACAGGGAAAUAGCAGACGCGCCUUCCUUAUUGAUUCAAGGGGACCUGUAGCACAAGUUGCUUCAACAUCAUCCACGUUGCCAUGUUGUAACGUAAACAUGGUAUCCGCAACUGUGAAGCAAUGAUACCAAAAGUCACAUAGGACUUUCAUAAUGUCGAUAUAUUGAGGAGAGUCUCAGUGGGUGCAGCAUCUGAUCUUGAACUGAUCACUGGAGAGGUGAUGGGGAACACAGCGACCAAAUUCCGUCGGGCUCUCAUCAGUGGAGAUGAGCUACUGGCCUGCCAUUUGUAUGAGGGCAACCUGCAGUUCAAGGAAGGGCUGGAUCCCAACUCUACAUAUGGAGAGUCCUACCAACACAACACUCCCUUGCACUAUGCUGCCCGACAUGCCAUGAUACGACUACUCAGGUCUUUCCUCCUCAGUAAAGAUGGAAAUCCUAACAAACGAAAUGUGCAAAAUGAGACUUCUUUGCACCUUCUCUGCAUGGGGCCACAGAUCCUGACCUUGGAAGGGGCGCUGCUACCCCGGAUCUCACGGCCCUAUGAAGACGAGCUGCGUCGUGCAGAGUGUCUACAAAUUUUUUUAGGUUGGACUGGUGCAAAGCUGGAUCAUGGAGAGUAUGAAAAGGCUGAUAUCAAUGCCACAGACAAUAAGAAAAAUACUUGUCUGCACUAUGCUGCUGCCUCAGGAAUGAAGACCUGUGUGGAGUUUCUAGUGCAGAGAGAAGCAGAUCUUUUUGCAGAGAAUGAAAACCGCGAGACUCCAUGUGACUGUGCUGAGAAGCAGCACCACAAGGAGUUGGCUUUGUGCCUGGAGUCACAGAUGGUCUUUUCACUCGCCCCUGAGGCAGAGGGUAUUGAGGCAGAGUAUGCAGCUCUCGACCGAAGAGAGCUAUAUGAAGGCCUGCAACCUCAAGAUCUGCGGAGGCUGAAAGACAUGCUGAUAGUGGAGACAGCCGACAUGCUACAAGCUCCACUCUUCACGGCAGAGGGACUCCUACGGGCCCAUGACUGGGACAGAGAAAAACUGUUAGAGGCUUGGAUGACCAAUGCUGAGGAUUGCUGCCAGCGUUCAGGGGUACAGAUGCCUAACCCACCUCCAAGUGGCUGCAAUGCCUGGGACACUUUGCCCUCACCCCGAACACCACGAACCACCCGCUCCUCUAUCACCUCACCAGACCAUAUCAGCCUCAUUACUGCGGAUGAAGGUUGUGUUCUGGUGAGAGAGUGUGGUAUCUGCAUGUCUUCCAUUUCGGUCUUUGAAGAACCUGUUGACAUGUCCUGUGGCCAUGAAUUCUGCAGAGCGUGCUGGGAGGGGUUUCUGAAUCUGAAGAUCCAAGAGGGUGAGGCCCACAAUAUCCUCUGUCCUGCUUUUGACUGCUUUCAGCUAGUUCCUGUGGAAGUCAUCGAGAGUGUGGUCUCCAGAGAGAUGGACAAGCGCUACCUCCAAUUUGAUAUCAAGGCAUUUGUGGAGAACAAUCCAGCAAUACGCUGGUGUCCAGAGGCUGGCUGUGAAAGGGCAGUGCGGCUGAAGACACAUGGCUCCGGGUCAUCUACCUCAGAUCCUUUAAGCUUUCCAUUGCUUCGGGCACCUGCUGUAGACUGUGGCAAGGGCCACCUCUUCUGCUGGGAGUGUCAAGGUGAAGCCCAUGAGCCCUGUGAUUGUGACGUCUGGAAGUUAUGGCUUCAGAAAGUCAAUGAAAUGAAACCUGAGGAAUUGGCUGGUGUGAGUGAAGCAUAUGAGGAUGCGGCCAACUGUUUAUGGUUGCUCACAAACUCUAAACCAUGUGCCAAUUGCAAAUCCCCGAUUCAGAAAAAUGAAGGGUGCAACCACAUGCAGUGUGCUAAGUGUAAAUAUGACUUCUGCUGGAUCUGUCUGGAGGAGUGGAAAAAGCACAGCUCAUCCACCGGAGGUUACUAUCGCUGCACCCGAUAUGAAGUAAUUCAACAGGUGGAAGAGCAGUCAAAGGAGAUGACUGAAGAAGCAGAGAAAAAGCACAAGAGCUUUCAGGAACUGGAUCGGUUCAUGCACUACUACACGCGCUUCAAGAAUCAUGAACACAGCUAUCAGCUGGAGCAGCGCCUCUUAAAAACAGCCAAGGAGAAAAUGGAGCAGCUAAGUCGGGCCCUACGUGGAAGGGAAGGAGGACCACCUGACACUACAUUUAUUGAAGAUGCUGUCCUGGAACUGUUAAAGACUCGCCGUAUCCUCAAGUGCUCCUAUCCUUUUGGGUUCUUCUUGGAGCCCAAAAGCACAAAGAAGGAGAUCUAUGAGCUCAUGCAGACGGACCUGGAGAUGGUAACUGAAGACCUUGCCCAAAAAGUUAACCGGCCUUACCUGCGGACUCCACGCCACAAGAUUAUUCGUGCAGCAUGUUUGGUCCAGCAGAAGAGACAGGAGUUCCUGGCCUCAGUAGCGAGAGGAGUGGCCCCCAAUGAUUCCCCUGAGGUCCCCAGACGCAGCUUUGCUGGAGGAACAUGGGACUGGGAAUAUUUGGGCUUUGCAUCACCUGAGGAGUAUGCUGAUUUCCAGUACAGACGGAGACAUAGACUGCGAAGGCGAGGUGACAUAGCUAGUCUCCAUAGCAACACACCUGACCCCGAUGAUCCCAGUGAUAGCACUAUCGAUACCCAGGAUGUUGGAGAUGGACUAAGACAUAGUCAUUUGAUGGGUGUUGGUUCUUUGGAUGAUGAGGAUGAUCCUAACAUUCUACUGGCCAUUCAGCUGUCACUUCAGGAAUCAAGGAUGCCACGGGGACAGUCCAAUCAUGAAGUCCUUGCUAAUGAAGCAUCACUCGGAGCCAUUGGGACAUCUUUGCCUUCUAGGCUUGAACAGAGUACUCCAGGUGUAGAGGUUCUCCCCAGAGUGUCUUUAAGCAGCUCAGAACUGUUAGAACUGGGAGACAGCUUGGCUAGACUUAGCAACAUUAACAUCAGCAGCCAUUACUCUGUAGCUACUGGUAAUCCCACCUCUCUUCAGCUAUAUGACAGCCACAACCGAGCCAAUGGUUCCUCUAUGCCAAUACCAGUAGCUCCGGGCGCUAAUUUCUCACCAACAGGUGUCUUCCCAUCAUCCAUUGACACAACAGACUCGACCACUUACAGCAGCCAUGACCCGUCCUCUUCCUCUGCAAUCGCAGCAAAUGCCAAUCUGCUGGGUAACAUCAUGGCUUGGUUCCACGACAUGAAUCCUCAAGGUAUUACCCCAGACGCUACAAGCUCUUCUCACACAGACACAAAUGUGGACCCACUCCACGUAGGUGGUGAAGAGGGCCUGCAGGAUGAAGACAAAAGCCGGGUUGUCAUCAUCCGUGAGACUAGGAAAUCCCUGGAAGGAAAGGUGGAAGUUGGUUUUGGUUCCCCAAGAGUUUGUGACAUGGAGAAAAAGGAGUGCACUAUUGUGGAGAGGCCAACUCAGCUCCACCUUGUGGGACUAGAACCCAUGCCAUUACCUUAUAUGCCCACUCGUGACAUGAAAGGGGUCCAUGAGGACCGGGUAGAUACAAAGGUCUGCCAUGUUGACACACCGCAAUGUGCACCUGACCAAUUUCCCAGCAGCAGCUCCUCAGAGUGGGAGGAACAAGUACACUUGGUAUGAUCCUUUUUUUUUUUUUUUUUGUCAAUGAGCAUUUUGGGCAGGUCAAAUGAGUCACUCUGGCUAUAAUUGUUAUAUUAAUUUGUAAAUUAACCCAGAAAAGGCUUUACUCUAUUGAGAGCUCCUUACUAGAGAAAGCUUUAUCAAAUGACAAAGUAGCAACUGAGAAUAUAUUUCUUAAAUGGAUCAA